AGUGUCAAAGGUCAUUUGAACAAAUUAGCUUUUCGGGACCCAUUGCAGAUAAACUAGGCGACGGAUAAAUGGCUGCGGAGAGCAGCGAGAAAUGGGUUCUUGCGCUCACGGCGCAAACUCCAACGAACAUAGCAGUGAUAAAGUACUGGGGAAAGAGAGACGAAGACCUUAUCCUUCCUAUCAACGGCAGUAUUAGCGUAACUCUCAACCCAGAGCACCUCUGCACCACCACCUCCGUUGCCGUCAGCCCGACUUUCACCCAUGAUCGCAUGUGGCUCAACGGCAAGGAGGUAUCCCUUUCCGGAGGCAGAUUCCAGAAUUGCCUGAGGGAACUUCGGUCGCGUGCUAGCGAUGUUGAAGAUGAGGAGAAAGGUGUUAAGAUAGCAAAAGAGGACUGGGAGAAGUUGCAUCUUCAUAUUGUUUCUUUUAACAAUUUCCCUACUGCUGCUGGUUUAGCUUCAUCGGCUGCGGGUUUGGCAUGUUUAGUUUUCUCCCUGGCUAAGCUAAUGAAUGUUAAAGAAGAUCACAGUAAACUGUCAGCUAUUGCGAGACAAGGUUCAGGAAGUGCUUGUCGCAGCCUGUAUGGCGGAUUUGUCAAGUGGAUCAUGGGGAAAGAAGAAAAUGGUAGCGACAGCAUUGCUGUUCAACUUGCAGAUGAGAAGCACUGGGAUGACCUUGUUAUUAUAAUUGCAGUGGUAAGUUCACGACAGAAGGAAACAAGCAGCACUUCUGGAAUGAGUGAUACAGUCAAAACCAGUGAGCUCAUAAAACAUAGAGCAAAGGAAGUUGUACCAAAAAGGAUAAUACAGAUGGAGGAAGCAAUUAAGAAUCGCGAUUUUCCUGCUUUUGCUCCAAGCAACUUCCCUCCACAGGUGGCUUAUACAUUUGAUGCUGGGCCAAAUGCAGUACUAAUUUCUCACAACAGAAAGACUGCCGCCCUUUUGCUUCAGAGACUGCUGUUUUACUUCCCUCCACAGUCAGACACUGAUCUGAACAGUUAUGUUAUUGGUGACAAAACGAUACUAAAAGAUGCCAGGAUUCACGAGAUGAAGGAUGUGGAUGCUUUGUCCCCACCUCCUGAAAUCAAGGAUAACAAUCUAUCAACCCACAAAAACAUAGGUGACGUUAGCUACUUUAUCUGCACAAGGCCUGGGAGAGGUCCAAUAGUGUUAACCGAUCAAAGUCAAUCCCUUAUCAACCCUGAAACAGGUCUUCCUAAAUAAUAGCAGAGGGAUGAUUUUUGAGUUUUUUGAAUUACUGGGGCAAUUUUAAGCUGUGAGCCUUUACAUCGCUUUGUGUUUAGUGAAAUCAGUUCCUUGCAGAAGUUUUAACUUUUCAGACCUGUUGUUUGCUUCUGUAUUAUUGGCACCAUGUUGUAUAAACAUUUUGUUAUUAAAUGAUGACAAAUAAAUGCCAGCUAGGUCCCCGUUUCAUAGUGUCUCAGUUACAAGCUAAUAUUUUAAUUUUUGCUCUUUUCUUCACGGUUGAGGCAGUUUUUGCAUUUUCAUUUUUUUUUCUUCCUCGUACUUUGUAUAUUUGUUCGUCGUUGGCUGAUUCACAUAGGUUGCAUGA